AUGUUUAGUACAAGUGACAUCUUGACUCAACAAAUUAUCGAAAAAAAGGGAUUGCAUCACGAUUUUAGAAGAACACUUCGCAUGUACAUAAUGGGAGUCAUUAUUGGGCCUAUUCAAAGGACAUGGUUUUUAACACUUGAGCGCCUUCUACCACCUACAUCCAAGAUGCAAAUUCUCAAGAAACUUAUAGUAGACCAAACAAUUUAUGGUCCUUUUAUAAUAUUUUUCUUCUAUAGCUUAUCAGGGACACUGUCUGGGAAAGAUAUUAGUGAGAUCAAGGAAGUUAUUGAAGAGAAGUACCUUAGAACUUUGAUCACAGGCUACAAAGUGUGGCCAUUUGUACAAGCAAUUAAUUUUACUCUUGUCCCUGUUCAAUUGCGAGCUAAUUUUGUUCAAGGGGUGUCUCUUGGUUGGAAUAUGUACUUAUCCUGGAUGGUAAACAAACCUGUGAACAGCUUAACCCUCACUCAUGACAGUCUUGGGGAAAAGAACCCAGACUUUUCUGUGGACUCUGAUAUAUGA